AUGGCGCAAUUAUCCCCCUUGUUUGGUCUAUUAAAGGGGGACUCUGAUUUAAAGUCACCUCGGACACUGACCCCAGAGGCGCAGCAGGUGCUGGAGGAGGUCCAGCGAGCGGUUUCCGCUCGUCAGGUUCAUCGCAUUGACCCUUCCAUUGAUGUCGCUGUGUUCAUUGUUACUCCAGAUUUGCAUCCUGCGGGUAUCAUUGGCCAGUGGAAUGAUGAGUGGUCUGAUCCCUUGCAUGUCCUAGAAUGGAUUUUCCUGCCCCAUCAGCCGCAGAAGGCGGCAACGGCGAUGUUUGAGCUGAUAGCUCGUUUGAUAAUUAAAUGCCGACAACGGUGUUUACAAUUGAUGGGUGCAGAUCCCGCAAAGAUUGUGCUCCCGGUACCGCCGGAGGACUUUGACUGGAGCUUUGCAAACAGUAUUUCCAUGCAAAGUGUUCUAGAGAAUUUUUCUGGGCAGAUCGCUUACCAUCUGCCCAGUCAUAAAUUGCUGCAAGUGGCAAACUUCACGAAACUUUCUUUGCGGCCCAGAUAUAGUCAGGAGCCUGUGCAAGGCCCCCCUGUCUUUACUGAUGGUUCGGGGAGGACUGGAAAGGCCAUUGCUACCUGGAAGGAAGGAUCUGGGUGGCAAGUCUUGGAGAGUCAUGAGACUGGGUCAGCCCAAUUGGUGGAAUUACGGGCUGCCAUCAUGGCAUUUCAGAAGUUUUCCCAGGAACCUUUCAAUUUGGUCACGGAUUCCGCCUAUGUGGCCGGUAUAGCCCAGUGGUUGGGCCAUUCAGUCUUGAAGGAGGUCAGCAAUCCUGCCUUGUUUCAUUUACUGAAGGCCCUGUGGAGUGCCAUUCAGGCCCGGGUACAUCCAUAUUACGUUCUGCAUGUGCGGAGUCACACCAGUUUGCCAGGGUUUAUUGCAGAAGGUAAUGCGAGGGCUGACAAAUUGGCUAACCCAGCGUGGGUUGCACCUCAGCCUGAUACACUCAGCCAGGCCAAAGCGUCACAUGGCUUCUUCCAUCAGAAUGCACAUACUUUGCAGAAACAGCUUCAGCUGAUGUCAGCUGAGGCCCAUGACAUCGUUGAGUCUUGUGACGAUUGUCAUGCGCUUGCUGCACCUUUGCCAGCAGGGGUAAACCCCAGGGGCCUUCAGGCCUUGGAGCUUUGGCAGACAGAUGUCACUCAGGUUGCCGUGUUCGGCCGGCUUCGGUAUGUGCAUGUCAGUGUGGACACUUUCUCCUCUGCCAUGUGGGCUUCUGCUCACGCAGGAGAAAAAGCCUGUGAUGUCAUUGCCCACUGGAAGCAGGCCUUUGCUGUUUUGGGCGUGCCUUCUGCUGUGAAGACUGAUAACGGUCCUGCUUACGCCUCUCAGAAGGUGCGGCAGUUCCUGCAGUUGUGGGGUGUGUCACACAAGUUUGGUAUCCCUCAUUCUCCGACAGGUCAGGCUAUCGUAGAACGCGCUCACGGUACACUGAAGCGAGUUCUGCAGAAGCAGAAACGGGGAAUGCAGGGCGAGACCCCGCACAGUUGGUUGGGGAAAGCUUUAUAUACCCUCAAUCACCUCACGGUGCCGCAGAACUCCAGUAACCCAGUCAUGUUGAAUCAUCACCUUUCUUUGCGGGCUUCGGAUGAGACGCCUCAGCCUAGGGCAAAGGUUAGAGUGAGGAAUCUAGUCACAAAACAGUGGGAGGGUCCCUAUGACCUCAUUGCUUCGGGGCGAGGGUAUGCUUGUGUAUCCACAGAUACUGGGGUAUGCUGGGUACCUGCGAAGUGUGUUCGUCCUGACCUGCAACCGCAGAGGCAGCAUUUGACCGGCGAGCGGGCUGGAGGCCGUGACCAAAUUGGAAGUGAUGGGAUGGGUGGGCCAACGGAUGAGGACUCGGAUGUCGAUGACGUGCGUGCUCACCCCGAUGGCCCAUCCACAAGCAGGUGUUGA